UACUAGUUUUUUACUAGUUGCGCGGCAGCCGGAAAUUGGGCGUUUAUUUUUUUGUGAAACUGCACCCGUAACUAGCUAUGCGAUAUGCGAAAACUCCCAUUUCCUGCACAUGACCUCUUGCAUAUCAGUAUCCGGCGGAACGUUAUUCUGUUUGGCCGCAGGGUGGCAGUAAUGUACAAGGAAUGGCAGUAAUGCACAAGGAACGGCACUAAAAUUAACAAUGGUGGCAAGAUUAGAAGCCGUGUCAUCAAUUGGCGGGGCGAUUUACGCGUGAAGGUAUAUUUACUGUGAGGUAAAUGAAACCAAAUUAAUUAUUUGGGGUUACAGGUCACCUACCAUCGGUUUCUACGCCCCUGCACAUAAAGAAACAUGCCAAACGGAACUCUAUCGUAACUAUACCCUCAGAAGUGAACUUCGCGAAUAUUUCGUAUGACCGAGCAACACGGAUGGGAUCAUGGUGACCGACAGAUCCAUCUGCCUCCCGUAACAUGCCACCAUCAGGGCGAGCCCAUGAUUUACGCCGACACUACACUUUGCUGUAAACGUUUUAUUCAAGCGGAGCAGGAUAAAGAGGCGGUGAUAGCAAAUAUGCACCCUGUUCCCAUGUCGGUUAAAACACAGUAUCAAAACCAGACCAGAGAACGUGGAUUAAAGUAAUAUGCAUGUAUUAAACUGAACCGUUAUUGGUUCAUGUAUAUGUGAAUAAUCUGCUUGAUGUUUACAGCUGGAUCUAAGUAACAUUAUUUCGCAGUAGAAACUCCGCAGUUGAGAAACAACGGUCUACUAUGACUCAACUUCCCUACAAUACAGUCGAGCUACUGUGGCUCCUCCUUACCAUCUAACCAUUUUUAGCUCGUAAUUUAGGGUGAAGGCAGUAAACUGAUAGCUGCACUUGAUAGGAGGUUCCGUCUCGACACAAUGUCUGCGUUUAUCCUUAUUGUUGGAGUGGCUAUAGGGGUGUAUAUUUUCUUGUAUAAUGCUUUCGUCCGGGGAGCACGGUGCCGAAGCAAAGUUAAGCUGCAUGGGAAGACUGUUAUAAUCACGGGUAGCAACACCGGCAUCGGGAAAACUACGGCGGUGGAUCUGGCGAAGAGGGGGGCACGGGUGAUUCUAGCGUGCCGUGAUCAGCAGAGAGCAGAAUCGGCUCUCCGUGACAUUACAGCGGUAAGACAAAUAACCCAGAAGGAUUUAUGCGGUUUGGUUAUAAUUCGGCCUUGUCGCGAACUUAACCUGAUAUGCUGCCUGGACCGCCAGGAGAGCGGGAGCAGAGAGGUGGUGUACAUGCAGCUGGAUCUGGGUAGCUUGGAGUCGGUGCGCGCCUUCGCGGAGAACUUCCUGAAGAGCGAGCGCAGGCUGGACCUGCUCAUCAACAACGCAGGAAUUGUCAAGCAAGGGAGGACAAAGGAUGGCCUGGGAAUGAUGCUGGGUGUCAAUCACAUUGGCCACUUCCUGCUGACGAACUUGUUGCUGGAUCGACUGAAGCAGUGCCAACCCAGCCGUGUGAUAAACGUGUCGUCCGCAGCCCAUAGUUUUGGGAGCGUUGAUUUUGAAGCCCUGAGUGCCCACAAGGCUCUGGGUGUCGGCACAUCUAACAUGGCCGUGUUUAGAGUGUACUCUGACAGCAAGCUGUGUAAUGUGCUCUUUACCCAUGAACUAGCUAAAAGGCUAGAGGGCACCAACGUCACGUGUUACAGCUUGCACCCGGGUGCAAUCAACUCGGAGCUGUCACGUUAUUCCAGUCCCUUCUUAAAGGUCCUGCUCAUGCCUAUAACCCUGCUCUUCUUCAAAGACACAAAGGCAGGGGCCCAGACCACCCUGCACUGCGCCCUGCAGGAGGACCUCGAGCCCCUGAGCGGCCGCUACUUCUCAAACUGUGCCAUGAAGAAAGUCGGCGCCAAGGCGCGGGACGACGCUGUGGCCAGGAAGCUGUGGGAAGUGAGCGAGAGGCUUUGUGGUCUGUCCUGAGGGCCCACUCGACAGCGGGUCCUUCAGCAUGGAGAGAUGAGCUGACAGAUGGAGAUGCAAACAGAAAGAACACUGGGGCCUGUUUAAGAAAGUGGGAUUUCUUGCUUAGCCAGAUAACUUGUCAGAUUUAAGGUAGUCUGGGCUAAAUGGACUUUCUUCACUUACAUUUACCCCAGACUACCUUAAAUUCAACAAGAUAUCUGGUUAAGCAAGAAAUCCUGCUUCAUGAAACAGGCCUCAGGAGAUGUGCUUCAACAUUCCUUUAACCCUCAAUGUAAUUUAGACUUAAUAUGUAUUAAUGGGCUUUAAAUAAGUGUUUAUUUGGAAGCACAAUUACUGUUCAUUUUAAUUACUGAAAUAUUGCUUAAUUGAAAAUAUCCAUGUCUUACUAAGGUGUUGGCACAAGCCUUCUUAAAACAUAAAAAAAUAAAACAUUAUCAUUCACAACUACA